AUGAAGAGCACCGACCAUGAUCUAACACCAACAGGUCAUUUAAUAAGGCCAACCAUUGUUCAGGUGUGCGAGUGGGUUUUUAAAUCAUGGAACCAUGUUAAGACUGAAAUUGUCGUCAAAGCUUUGAAAAAAUGUGGCACUAGUAACGCGUCAGAAGACAACAUUCUAUUUGAUGAUAGUGAUAUUUCGAACAGCAGUCAUGACCCUGAUAAAUUAUCAUGCUUUGAAGGUAAUCCAGAACCAGAAAUAAUCUGGUACAAAGGAGACAAGGAGCUCACCAAACCUCUUGAACCAACUAAGUUUGAAACAUUAAAGGAUGGCAAAGUUCAUGCUCUCAGAAUAUACAGAUGUACGGAAAACGACGCUGCAGUCUACCAAGUUUCUGCCAGAAACGCAAAGGGAAUCGCCAUCUGCUCCUCGGUUUUGCAAGUUGGUUUGGUCACGGAAGCUCAGGUGAAGCGACGGAUGAUGCAGAAACUGGAAGAGAGAAAUCGGGCCAAGGAGGCGCCAAGUUAUUCUCGGGUGAAUGGUCGGAGAGGUCGCGGCGAUGACGGCUUGGUUACAACAGCUAGCAUUCACUUGCACCUGGCUGAGCGUCGAGCACGGCCGCCGGUUGAAGGUGGAGAACAAGGAAGCUUAGAGAGGCGCCCAGUUGCAGUUGCGGCUUAUGAGAACAGUCUGGACGAGGCACAAGCCUCAGCUGUUACCCGCCGCCCAAAUACGGGCAAGAGGCAUCAGCUGAACGAAAUCCCGGAGACCGCUGCUGGGUCGCAAGUGACCCUCUCAGUGGGAGAUCAGAGCUGCAACACUCGCCUGGGCGACUUUUCUGGAGCUGCUGUUCCAAGGAGAAGGAGAAAACUAUCUCGAAUGUCUGACUUUAGUUGCGAGGGUCUCCCAAGAGAUGCCGCCGAGCCGUGCAGCCCAGCAUAUCUCAGUGGAGCCACGAGCUCCCUGACCCCUGAAGACCACUAUUAUUUGGACUUGCUGGUGUGUUCCGAUAUUCUGACCGAUGAUGACAACGCGGCGUGGCGAGGCAAACUGGAAACUGCAGCUCAUUUGUUGCUAUCAGCCCAGAGCGAGGAGCCUGGAACUGACCCGGUGAAACUGACCGGCCACCCCGCGCCCCUCGGCCACCCUGUCUGCAAGCUGACGACCCUAGACCUGAAUGGAUCUCCUCGAUGUGAACCAGAACCCGCGGCUGUAGGCAACGAGGGCACGGCAUGCUCCACCCGCACCUCCACUCUUAAGGAAAGUUCCUGGACAUCGGAGGAGAGUCGCGUUCGUCCUGGUAAAGGAGGAGCUCAAUCUUGCCCUAUCCCACCUCAGUUGCCCAUCGAGGUCGAGACUGCCACCCAGAAAGGGGAAAGUUUAAAGCGGUCACCAGCUUCAACAGAUAAGGUCAAAGAGAACCACGUUGGCGGAAAGAGAGACGAAUGGGUCUCGGGCAACCGAAUCGAUUUGGACAAGGUGGACGGAGACAAAACAACUGAAAUUAAAAAGGGGGAGGUUUUGAAGAAGGAAUUUUGGCUGAAACUUCCCUCAACGGAAGACAGCCCCGAGGACACUGGCAGUAGCCAUGGUGGAGUAAAAACGCUGUCACCCGGCGGAAUAUCAGAUGCAGGCGAAAUGUAUAACUCGCUGCUGGGGACAGACACCGCGCAAUCGCCGGCUCUUAGACUCAGCGCGACCGAAAACCGCGAUACCGCGACUGACAGCAGACCCCAACACGCAAGGGGAUGGUAUGUCCAAACUCCGCCGAGUUUGAAAAACGACACAACUCGCAUGGAACGAGAGUGCACUCAUGACAGAGAAGAGACGGCGAUGAGCUCUGAGGAAAAAGGGGACAGUUCUUCAGACAAGGAUGAAGUACAACUACUCAUAAAAGAUGAAGCAACAAGCUUUAUUAAAAGCAUUACAAAUUCACUCUUUGAAGAUAAACCUAUGGCUUGUGUGGAGAAAAAGACAAAUCUCUUGCCUCUGGAUACCAAUGUAAUACGUUCAUCGACACAAGAUAGUCAUGACCAAGAAGCUGCUUGUCAAAGACUUGAGACCGAUUCUGAAAUUUUAAGUUAUCCUCCAAUACUGGACAGCGCAGUUUCACAAAGCAAUGAGUUUAAAGAUAAAUAUCAGGUUCAGGUUUUACAGGGAAAAAAAUCAAAUCUUAUUUCAAGAGAAAAUAAGCUAUUUUGCACAUCAAAAGAACAUCAAAGAAGCAUUUAUGAACCAAAGAUUGAAAGCACAAUGCAUUUUAUUGACUCUUUAAAAUUAGAUUGUUUUAUAGAAAGCGAGAAGUCAGAUCUUGGUGAGAACACUUCCGUUUGCAAAAAAGAACAGGAACCUUUGAAAAAAUUGUCAGAAUUAUGCAUUCAUAAUGAGAACACAGAUCAUCAAUCUUCAAUUACAUCUGAAGGUUUUGAAUCUAACUUAUUGAACAGCAAAGAUGAAAGCAUAGAUCUAUGUCUGGGUAUUCUACCACAUAUAAGCACACCUGCUCAAAGUAAAGAUAUCUCUGAACCAUUACAUAUUGGCUCCAAUAAGUUUCAGGACAAUGAAAAUAAAUCAAAUGAAGAUUCAAAUGACUCUUCCUAUUGUGAUACUAGUGAUGCACUGAGAGAUGAUGAAAUCCCUUUUCAAGUCAGUGAAUGUUUUGGAAAUGAGUCCAAGCAGGUGGAUGCACACAGAGAUGAUUUUGAACAUUCUGAAUCCAGCUUUGGGGUCAUAGUGAGUGACUGUAAAUUAGGAGUGAACAAAGAACUAAAUGGUCAAUCUGAAGAACCUGUUUUGGAGAAUGAAUCUAAUCAAACAGAGAGUCCCGAUGACCAUUGGUUGCCCUCCGACAGAGCAGAAAUGAUCUGUGCUUUAAAUGCUUCCGAAACUAAAGUGCACAAAGAGCAUAUAUCAACACAUCGGUCAAUCAGGAAUGACCAAAGAGCAGAAAAUGAAGCUAAUAGUUGUUCAGAUUCUCCUAAUAAGAAUGAAAUGCUAGAGCUUCAUAAUAGUAAUGGAAUGAUAAGUUCUCCAGAAACAAAUAAAUUAACAGCUAUUAAACUUGAUGUUAAACUAACAGUUGAACAUCCUAUAUUAUUUGAAUACAAUUUAGAUAUUCCAUUGAAUCAACUGAUACCAAAAUAUUUAACCAUCGACAAUGAAAAUAAUGGCUCAGAUUAUCCUUCAAAUAAAAUGGAAAGUAAAACAGAAAAUGUUCUUGCUGAACCUUUCAUGCGUAAUCAUCACAAAGCCAUCACAUCACCACUUAUAGAUUGUGAAAAAAUGCAAUUUCAUAAGCCACCUCUUUUAGAAAGUACUUGUUGCAACAGCACAGACAACAGGAUUAAAAGUAAUGAUAAACAGUUCUAUAAUUCUGUUGGUUUUCCAUCAACUGAAGAUGAAUAUUCCACCACUCGACUGAGAACUGAUCAAAAUUCUGAAACUAUGUUUCCUUUCAAACAUUUUGUUGAACUUCAGAACUCCAAUGAACCGGAAGUGGUUAAAUCAGAUUACUUAAAAUCAUCCAUGUCACAGCUAGACAAAAAUAUUUCUCCCUUAAUAGGAACAAAUGAACAAAGAAUUAUCAACUCCGAAGAGAAAACAGUAGUGAAGGGAAUGGAGCAUUCUGAAUAUCCUACCCACAAAGAACAAAGAUCACCUAUUGCUCUUCCAGUUGUAAAUGAUCAAUCUCACAAAAUUCAGCAAAUAUUCAGACCAGAUCAAAACUCAAUGAAACAUGUAGUUGAGGAUAUGAUGGAAGAUGUGCAUAGAACAUUGAAAACUGUGAGUAACGUCCAGACAAUUCCAAUUAACAACUCAGAACCUUUGUUAUUUAAUAGACCAAACCUAAAUCAAACUAAAAUUAUUUGUUCCACAUUUCAAAAUAAGAGCAAUUUUCGAUGUUUAUCAAUACUAGAACCAGACAAAAUGAAAGCUGUGGAGAAUGUCCAUGAAACUGGCAUCAAUCCUUCUGGAAAUAUUAUGUGUUCAUUGAAUCCUUCAUUACAUAUUGACAAGCUUUUAUUUCCAAGCCCAACUGGCCAAGUUGAGAAGUGCGCAUUGAAUCAUAACAUCCGCUCUACAGAGUGUGACAGUGAAUUGGGUCAUGAUCAUGUAAAUAAUAAAACAACUUCAUCCAAGAAUUUGGCAUCUCUUAAGCCCUCAGUCAGUCCAAUAGAGGCUAUUCCAUCAAAGACUGAACUGGUUAAAGGUAUCAACAUUAGAUCACCAACAGCAGAUUUGAAUGAAAACAUUCAAAAAGCAGAAUGUGUGCCCGUGCUCGAGGCAAAACCAAGUGAAAUAUCAAACACCAUUGAAAAUGACAAUAAAAUUAUGGAAUCACAGACAAAAGAGGGACAAUCUAUCAAUUGUAGGGAGAAAAAAACUGUGGCUGUCAUUGAUGAUGGCAAUAAAACUGGUCAACAAAAAGAUUCUGUUCACUUAGCAUCUAUGAACAGCAGAGGAUUAAGCAUAAUUGCUCAACAAGUGGCAGGUCAGAUAAUGAAUGUUAAUUCUACUGCUGCAGAAAAGUGUAGAGAACAUAAGCAAAGUCAUCUGAUCAAGUCUACUGACCAAAUUAUAGAACCUGGUCAUCCACAAAAAGACACUAAAGUGGACAUUGACGAUGAAUCUGAAGUAAAGAUUUUCCAAAUAUCUGCAGUGCCCAGCAAAACUAACCAGAAGUCUUCGGAAGUAUCCAAAAUUGAAAAUGUCACCCAGACUAAAAAUGAUAAUCAGGCUAAGAUCCCAGGCACUGAGACAUGGAAUAGGUCAUUGGAUGAGGCACAGAAGAGAACUACUGAGCCCAAACACCCCAUCUCCCUGCAAAGCAGAUCUUUGUUUAAGAAGAGCAUUCCAGCCAUGGAAUCACCCAAUACAGCUGUUAGGAUUAAACAACGUUUCCCAGUGCAAUCAAUUAAAGAUCCGAUGAUGUCAGAUGGACGGAAAAGAUCAAAUUUCCUAAACUCAUCCAGGGACGUUGCCUCUGAAUUUGGGAUUUUAUUUCCUUCUCAGAAUGAACGGCAGAAAAAAGAAGUUAAGCAGGUGCUGCCAGUUGACAACAUAAAGCUCACGUUAGAUAAGAACAAAUAUGUGCAUUCUUCAGCGGGAAAGGAAAAUCUUAAUAAAAACACCAUUGUAAUUAAAAGAACAUUUCAUAAGACAAAGGAGGAACCAGCUUACAUGAAAGAUGAGAAGGAGGUGGAAAACGUAAAACACUCUCAGAAGGAGGAACAUGAAGAAUUGGAUCCUGUUCCACCUCCAAAACUGAUCCAAAAGAUCCGUGCGGAAGUGUCUCCCGAUAUUCCAGGAAAUGUCAAACCGGCACCAUAG